AAAACAAUUCAAUUUUGUUAUAUUUAAUUUAUAUCACUUAAAACUGUUUAUAAUUACAUGAUUUUAAUUUUUCGCUUAUCAAAAUAUUUUUUUUAAAUUUUAUAAAUUAUUUUUAAGAUCAGCUACACUAGAAGACUUACUUUAAAGUUGUCCAGACGACUUCCAACAUCUCAGACGACUCAGACGACUUACUAGGACUAUAUUCGUAAAAAUAACUUCUGUUUUUUUGUUUGGUCACAAGGGAAUGAACUGUAAUUUCACAAGGCUUUUAGGUUAGUUUUACAUUUGAUUCAAAUUUGAAUAUAUGUCUGGAGUUAAAAUCAAAUUGUGGGUUAGUAUUAGCAAAUUUCCCAUAAAUAAUCUAGUAAACUAUUUCACUCCGUACAGUGCGAGUUACUAUAGUUCUAGUUAGGUUAUUGUUAGGAUUGCAUUUUUGUUGUCGUUAGGAUUACAUUUAAACAAACAAUUUUUUUGCUAAAAGAAAAUAACGUUUUUCCGUUUUCAGGUUUUUUGAAAUUUUAAUAUAUUUAGCGUUUGUGGUAUAUCUAACCUAUACUAAAAGAGGAAUAUAAUCAACAUCUAGAGUGUCCACAUCAGCAUAUUUAAUCAACCAAUCAAAUAAGAACUUAGUGACAUGUCAUUCAUUUGAACAAAAUAUUUAGAUCAUUUUCAUCAUGCAUUUUUAUGGGACUCACUCAUUUGCUCACAAUUGGUCCAAUUGGUUUUUCGGGCCUACUACUUAAUUUUCUAACCCAUAAUUAUUCGUCUCCGGCUGAGAAUUAGGGUUAGCCACCAGAGCAAGAACAUUCGUCUCCCCUAUCUAUCUCUCGAUCUCUCCUCUUAGUUAAUCUCCUCCUAUCUCUCCACCUCCCCUCUUUAUUCAUACGAUCAAUAACACCACUGACGUUCCUAUAUAUAGAUGAUAGAAGCAGAGUCCAACAUCUCAUAUAAAUCGCUAUUGCAGAGCUUCUUCUAUUCACUACUUCAAAAUGUCUGCCUCCCUUGCUCAAUCCGCCGUUCCGUGCCACCUUCUUUAAACUCCGCCUCGGUAGGUCUUCACAGUUCAUUGUUGGCCGCCUCCUACGCUUCUGGGAUUCACAAAGCAUCAAGAAGAAUGGAGAAUUAUGAGGACCGCCCUACUCUUACUAGAUCAAAAGAAUUUUGUCAUCUACGGGUUCAUCCCAUCUGCUCGUGCCAAUCAGUUAUGUGACUCUCUGCGAACCAGUGCCAUCGUUGAUCGGUUUGAAGUUGGUUGCUGCUCUAAUCUAUAUUAUAAGAUUACAGAUCAUUCUUUUGUUAUCCUUUCAUCCCCACCACCACCAUUGAUGAAGUCCUUACCACUUGCCCUGUCAUCAACCUUCAGACGUUCCUGCUCCGGAAGUUCGAGCAUCUCCAGGCUCUAGCAAACACUUUCUUAUAACUUCCUGAUGUUGUUCGCCUAAUACGAUCCUACGAUCCGUGCAAGGCUCUGAUCUCAGCAAUGUCACAGCAACUACACGAGUUGUGAGCCAUUUUCUUAUUGACAUAAACAAAACGGUGGUAGUGUAGUUGUCUUUGUGGGACGUUGCUGCCGUAACCUUUAAGGGACAUCUGAACUCACCCGAUGUCACCCAGUCUGUUAUGGUCAAUCCAAAAAUAUUUGGAGGCAACCUCUAUCUUAACUCCACAUCUAUCUUAACUGGCAAAGCUACGGCAACAACAAAUCUCCAGUGAUGAAUGGCCAAUCAGGACAACCAACAGCAUCUGGUGGUGCGCCUGGCAAAGAAUUGAAGUUGAUGACCCAAAUCUGCCAAGCUGGGCAGACAAAGAGAAGAGCCGCAAACGCCCAUGUGAGUGAUUGCUUCCAGUCCAACAAACCGUCAUCUCCACUUUAGUGUUCCUGCCUAUUCUAAUUACUAUUUUCCUAAAAAAAUUUCAUUCUCUGAAUUUUAGUUUAGUCUUCAGUUAUAUACAAACUAUCUCCCACUCGGAGAACUGUAACUUUUAUUUUAUAUAAAGGAAAUACUGACGGUUCUUUGCGUAUUUAGUAAACAAGCGUUUUCAUUACUUAAUCCAUGAAUAUAUCCAUGAGUUUGAUGAUUUUGACAAAGCAUCAAACACCAAAAUGAUAACAACCUCUGGUGGGUCCAUCGGUGUUAUAUAUUUAUAGUUAUUAAGCGCAAUAUUAAGAAGCUUCAUAUAAUUUCUUAUUUCCAUAAAGUUGCCAUCGCAGAGGCGUACCAAAUACACAUCAAACCCCCUGCCACUGCGUAAAAUACUUUAUACAGAGAGCUUACUAACCGAAGUGAAAGGAAACACUUAGGUACAACUAUGAAAAAUAAUUAAAAAAAAUAUGAAAAAUCAAAAUUGAUAAUAACCAAGUAAAUAGCACUAAAAGAAACUAAUCCCUUCGAUAAUAAUAUUUUUACAACACAAGUGAAUUAAACCAAAUAAAUUUGAGAUAUUUAACGAUUGGAUGGAAAAAAUCAAUACUACGUAUGCCAAUAUUAUCAAUCGAUUUAGUUAUAUCUUUAGUUUAUCCGCAUUUCAAGUAUUAUAAAUCGGCCACAGCAACAUUUCAGGUAUGUGCUCGCCACACACACGGCCUUAGCAUGAAGCAGUAUCAACAAAAUAUAACAACAACAAAAAAAAUACCAAACAAACACUAACAUAAUAUAUUUACCCAAUUAACAUACAACUAUGAUAUACCUACAAAUAACAUCCACUAUCACAAUUUCCUAAAUUCGAGUUCAACAUAAAAACUCCGCGCUUGCGCGGGGACUUGCCUCUAGUAACAAUAGUAAUGGAAAUACUUAAGCAUUGGAGGUAUUGACAGAUCAGUAUUAACACUGUUAUCUUCUUACUAGUAGUGAAUCAAGAUGCUAAAUCCCACUAUAACAUAAGCGCCAUCUAGAAAACACAUGGCCCAUUUAAGUAAUAGGCUCACUAAUUAAGUGGAAUUCAUAAUAACUCAAACCCUUCAAUUCAAUUUAGCCCAUUUCUACGAACACAAUUUAGGUUUUCUGUUUUCUGGACUUGACAAAGAGAUCGAAGACGUCAUGGUUAAAUACGUCCCAUGUUUUUUUUUCAUAACAAGAAAAUUAUUGUCGGAUUUACAGUUGAUUUUGUAAUCAGAUGAUGGUAUAGUUUAUAGUUAGCGCUUUGUUGGUUGAAUAUGUUCCACUUACAAAGAAAAGGACAACUUGACUAGUAACCAAAUUGCUUUUGAUUCGUAGUCGAACAGAUCUGACCGGAUGCGUAAAGUAAGACUAUCCAUCGUUUAUAAGUCGUGAGCGAACGUAGAAUAGGUUAUAAUGCUCUUGUAAUAAUUUCGCCAACUCAUAUACACAUCGUUGAAAACCAAAUUGGUUGGAAUGUACAAAUCUAGUUGACUUUGGCUAGCGAAUCUCGAUUUUGUUCUUUAAGGAAACUUAUGGCUGGAAAAUGCCAGCGAGUCGGGUAUAUCUUUGUUUCACAUUUUGUCGAGUGCGUAUGUUUGACCUUUUCUUACAAACUCCAUCAAUAUACAUAACAUGCUAAUGUCUUUCUUGUUUUUUAUUUAAUUUUUGUCAAGAAAGAUGUAUGUAAAAGUCUUUUCAUUGUAACAGACAAACUGCUCAUUUUAGAUAAUGAUAUUUACAAUUUAGCACAAAAAAAAACAUGCUAAUGUCUUUUCAUUAUAUAAUAUACGAUUAAAUUACAUGAACUGGUCAAGUUGGUAUACAUAAUUAUUACGUUUCUUUAAGUGAUCUUGUUUUGGUCAAACGAAAGGUUAAUAGUUUCAUAUAUACGAUGAUAACUUGUUGAUUUUUCUUGAAUACUCUAACCUAAAUACGCAAGUCCUAGAGAUGAUCUGUUAAAUACUCGAAUCACAGAAGCCUUAAUUCUUACAACGUACAGAGUAAAUAAAUAAUUAAUUAAAUUUCAAAAAUGUAGUUAAAUGACUAUUUAUAGGUUCGUGUCACAACAAUAUCUAACAGAGGCAAUUUUUUAACGAAAGCUACAGUUAACAUUUUAAAGGUCGUUUGAUUACCAAGAUUUUUUGACAGGAAUGUACAAAUUCAAUUCAGAGGCAAUGUUUACGAAACUACAGUUUUCAACAUUUUAAAGGUCGUUUGAUUACCAAGAUUAUUAAUGUUAUUAGUGAUAAGAUAUUUCUAAUAAAACUGACGUCUAACAACUCCAUAUCAUUUGAUGAAAAGCAGCUUUAAAAUCGUAACAUUAUAUGUGUGUACAUAUAACAUGUCAGCUUGAAAAUGAAAGUUAAGCUAGCUAUAAUAAGCCAAAUUUGAAUCUCUGAGCUACCAAUAACUUGAUAUUUUAAUCGACUUUGACACUAUUUGCUACUCUAUUUUUAGUUUGAGUUUAAGAGAAAUACCGUUUAAUAUACAGCCCAAAAUAGCGAUAAGAGAAAGGGCUUUUAAUUUGUUAACGAAAAAGGUAAGUUAUUAACUGAAAUGCAGAUUAAAAAAUUCAGACUGAUAGAAAGAAAAAUGAAAUGCAGACACGCGUUAUAAAAGAAGAGUAUGCUAUAAGAACAUUCUUUAUUAGACAAACCCUAAAUAUCUAAAGCUAGAAGCUGGACAUUUUCAAACCUUUAUGUAAUUUACUAGAACACCUCCAUUUUUCACCCAAAACAAAAUCGAUCAAGGGUUAUACUUUACUUAUCAAGACAACGAGUGAUGCAAUAAAAAGUCAAUUAAACAAUUUUAAAUAUUAAUUACAAUUUAUUAGUUAUAAUCUGACAAGAUGAAAUGGUCAAAUACUUUUAGUCCUAGACGUGUUAAGCAAAAACAUUUUAUUUAUUUUUUACCUCCUGUAAUGAUCUAAUCUAAAAUUAAGGCUUACUUAUACAUCCAAGUCAAUGGCUCUCUUUGGUCUAAGUCUAAAUUCACAGGUAAGCAAAUCCUCAGCUCAAGACCAAUUUUUCUCUCUAUAUAACUGUUAAAAAAACAUAUCUUCCUCAUAAAAUAGAAAGAGUAUAAGCCAAGUUAACACCAUCAAAACAUUCAAGAAGAACAGAACACAGAUCUCUCAUCUUCAAUGGAGAAAAGGUCAAAGUUUUCUUUCUUCUCUUCCUCAUCCCCCAAGUCUCUUCCUUCAUCUCCUCACUCAUUCACCUCCCCAGCUUCUCCUCUUCACCAGGUCUUCACUCAGUCCACCAUGGACGAAGCCAUAGAGAGAGCAGAAGCCAUCAUCAAGAAAUGGGACCCUAACACGCCUUCCUUCACCAAGAUCGUCUCUCUGUUCAACCACAGCAGAAAAGAAGCCAAGGAGUUCAUCAAAUGCGCCCGUGACUUGCGCAAAACUAUGCACUUCCUUGUCUCGCAAGACUCUCAAUCUCCAAAGCUUGCCCUAGCACAAACCCUAAUGCAAAUCGCCAUGACAAGGCUUGAAAAAGAGUUUUUCCAGAUAUUAUCUUCCAAUAGAGACAAGCUUGAUCCUGAAUCAGUCUCCGGUCAAUCCUCAACGUCAACCAACUCCGAGUUUGAAGAUGAUUAUGAUGAAGAUGAUGACGAUGAGAUGAAGAAAGCUAAUGAGUCCAUCACUAAAGUUGAGAAAGCUUCAGCUGUGGUGAUGUCUGACCUAAAGGCUAUAGCAGAGUGUAUGAUCAGCUGCGGAUACGGUAAAGAAUGUGUAAAGAUCUACAAGAGGAUCAGAAAAUCUAUAGUAGAUGAAGGGCUGAGCUUACUUGGGAUAGAAGCUUACAAAGGCUCAAGGCUUCACAGAACAGACUGGGUCACGCUCGACCAUAUGAUCAAGAACUGGAUCAAAGCCGCAAAGAUUGGCGUCACUACUCUCUUCCGUGGAGAGAAGCUUCUAUGUGAUCAUGUCUUCUCUGCUUCCAACUCAACGAGAGAGUCAUGCUUCUACGAGAUUGCAAACGAAGCAGCCACUAACCUAUUCAAGUUCCCUGAGUUUGUAGCUAAAGAGAAGAAGUCUCAUGAGAGGAUCUUCUCUUUAAUGGAUCUCCAAGCUGCCAUCUCUGAUCUCUGGCAAGACAUAGAGAUGAUCUUCCACUAUGAUUCAGUAUCCGGUGUGAAGUCUCAGGCGCUCAUGUCACUUCAGAAGCUAAAGGUUUCAAUCCAUAAUGCUCUCACUGACUUUGAGUCAACGGUUCAUAAAGAUUCAACCAAAGCUCUUACACCUGGAGGAGGGAUCCAUAAGCUGACAAGAUCAACAAUGAGUUUCAUCUCUUCCUUGUCUGAACACAGCUCUGUCUUGUCUGAAAUCCUUGCAGACCAUCCCUUACCAAGAAACACUAGGUUACUUGAGUCUUACGUCAUAAUGUUAGAAGAGGAAGAACACAAUCAUGCCCUCUCUGUCCAUUUCGCUUGGCUCAUCCUUGUCUUGCUAUGCAAGCUAGACACCAAAGCAGAACAUUACAAGGAUGUUUCACUAUCCUACCUCUUCAUUGCAAACAACCUUCACUUCAUCAUUGAAACGGUACGUUCGUCUGAUCACCUCAGACACCUCCUUGGAGAAGAUUGGAUCACUAAACACGACGAUAAACUCAGCGCUUACGUGGCGAACUAUGAGAUAUCAGCAUGGUCCUAUGUAUACAUGUCAUUGCCCGAGGAACCAACAGAACUAUCACCAGAGGAGGCCAAAAUAUACUUCAGAAGGUUUCACUCGGCGUUUGAGGAAGCAUACAUGAAACAAUCACCACGAGUUGUGCCAGAUGCGAAGCUUAGGGAUGAGCUGAAGGUUUCGAUAGCAAAGAAGCUUGUAACGGAGUACAGAGAGUUUUACGGGAAGUACUUACCAAUGCUUGGUCAAGAGAGAAACAUUGAGAUGCUGGUGAGGUUCAAGCCGGAUAAUUUGGAGAAUUACAUCUCCGAUUUGUUCCAUGGAACACCAAUACUUGCUUCAUCUUCUGUUUCUUCAUCUUCUUCUACAUCAUGGAUGUCACUUGGGCGUGUUUCAAGCUGAGAGACUUGUGUGUUGCAUUGUGCUUGUGUCUAAUGUCUAUGUACAAUAGAAAAUGUAGAUGGAAAAAUAACAUUUGAGAUUAUUUAAAAAGACGAGUAGUGUCUUAAGACCUAAGCUAUUAUCUGGUAA